AUGGCUACCCAAAGAUUGAAGAUCGGCUGUGCUGGUCUAGGCCGUAUGGGCAAGCGCCAUGCUCUGAACUUCCUGGAGCGUACUCCCCGAGCUGAGCUUGUGGCUGCCAGCUCCCCUGACCCCGUCGAACUCGAAUGGGCCAAAAUCCACCUCGAGCCCUUCGGCGUAACCCUGUACCAGAACUACGACGACAUGCUCAAGCAUGAAGGUCUGGUUGCCGUGGUGGUUGCAUCGGCAACUGCUGUGCAUGCCGAGCAAGCAAUCAAGGCAAUUGAAGCAGGCAAGCACACUCUUUGCGAGAAGCCUAUCUCCACAAGUCCCGAAGUGUCUCAAACCGUCGUCGACGCAGCAGCCAAGAAGCCAGACCUUAAGGUGAUGUGCGGCUUCUCCCGACGCUUCGACAAGUCCUACCGCGACGCAUACCAGAAGAUGCAGGCAGGAGCAAUCGGCACUGCAUCCGUACUCCGCAGCCAGACCUGCGAUAAGCUCGAUCCCAGCGGGUUCUUUGUCGCGUACGCCGAGUUCUCCGGCGGCAUCUUUGUCGACUGCUCCAUCCACGACAUUGACCUCACUCUUUGGUUCUUCGGCAACGACUGCAAAGUGAAGUCCGUGUCGGCGAUUGGCAACACAGCCGUCGAGCCCGACCUGCGCAAGCACAACGACCGCGACAACGCCGUCGGCCUGGUCGAGUUCUACGAUGGCCGUAUUGCCUACUUCUAUGCUUCCCGCAUGAUGGCCGCUGGCCAGGAGGAUGUCACUGAGAUUAUCGGCACCAAGGGAAAGCUGGCGAUUAACAACCAGCCUGCAAUGAACCACGUUAAUAUCUACGAUGAGACCGGCUAUGCGUUUGUUACCGAGGCUAAUGAGUUCACGGCUUGCUGUCUUGAUAACACGGCACUGCCUCUUGAUCUUGAGAAUGCUGUCAAGGCUGUUCGCAUUGGUGCUGCGCUGCAGGAGUCCAUGGUUACAGAGAAGAAGAUUUACUUCGAUGAGGAUGGGAAACGGUCGCAGUUGGCUAGUCUGUAA